AUGCCACAUGUUCCCUCUUCGUUUUCAAGAUGGACGACAACUGGACAGAAGCUGGUGGCGGGAGAGGUCACACUAAAAGUGAAUCUAGCGACCGAGCAAUGCAAGAAAACGGGAUCGAUAGUGACAUCGACUUCAGUGAUGAAGAGGACUUCGUAGAUGACAUUACAGAUGAAGAACUUCUGGGUGACCUUUUAGCCAAAAAGCCAAAAGAAACAGAUGGCAUUGACUCAGUCAUCGUAGUUGACAAUAUACCUUCUGUUGGGGUUGAGAGAUUGGAAAAACUACAAAAUGUCAUUCGUAAAAUCUUUUCCAAAUUUGGAAAGAUUGUUAAUGAACAUUACCCAAAAGGAGAGGAUGGCUCCACAAAAGGGUACAUCUUCCUGGAGUAUAGCUCCCCCAACAAUGCUGCAGAAGCUGUAAAGAUGACCAAUGGCUACAAGCUGGACAGACAGCAUACAUUUGCAGUAAAUCUUUUCUCAGAUUUUGAAAAAUAUUCGGAUGUUGAAGAUGACUGGGAACCACCAGAAGCCCAACCAUUCAAAGACCCUGGUAACUUGCACAGCUGGCUAACCCAGGAGGAUUGCCUUGACCAGUAUUCUGUCAUUUAUGAUGGUGGGGAGAGAACUGCUAUCUUACUCAAUAACCCAACUGAACCUUCACUCCUGGAGGAGAGGGCGCGCUGGACAGAGACAUAUGUGCGCUGGUCCCCCAAGGGAACCUACCUAGCAACCUUCCAUGGUAAAGGUAUAGCUUUAUGGGGAGGGGAGAAAUUCAAGCAGAUCAUGAGAUACAGCCACACUGGGGUACAACUCAUAGACUUCUCUCCCUGUGAAAGGUAUGUGGUAACAUUUAGCCCCCUACCAGACAAUAAGGAAGAGCCCCAGGCCAUCAUUAUCUGGGACAUCAGGACAGGAAAGAAGAAACGAGGCUUCCACUGUGAAAAUGCUUCAGUCUGGCCCAUAUUCAAGUGGAGCUCAAGUGGAGAAUAUUUCUGUAGGAGUGGACCUGACUCACUCAGCAUCUAUGAAACACCAUCUUUCGGUCUUCUAGACAAGAAAAGCAUGAAGAUCUCUAAUAUCAAAGAUUUUUCAUGGAGUCCUAGCGACAAUAUCUUGAGUUAUUGGGUGCCUGAGGAUGGCAAUAUCCCAGCUAGAGUGACGCUGAUUGAGAUACCAUCCAGGCGUGACCUCAGCACCAAGAAUCUGUUCAACGUCGCAGAUUGUAAGAUGCAUUGGCAGAAAAAUGGUGACUAUCUCGGGGUGAAGGUUGAUCGUUACACAAAGAUUCGUAGAGAGAAGGAUAGUAAUAAAUAUAGCGGUCUCUACCACAAUUUUGAACUGUUCCGCAUUAGAGAGAAACAGAUCCCAGUAGAUAAGCUAGAGAUCAAAGAACCCAUUAGUGCUUUUGCCUGGGAGCCAAAUGGUCACAGGUUUGCAUUCUUACAUGGAGAGAACCCACGUAUCUCCUUGAGUGUGUAUGUCAUGGAGCCCAAGGGCAAAGUGGUCCUUGUGAAGACCCUGGAGAAGAAGACUGCUAACCAUUUAUUCUGGUCACCACAGGGACAGUUCUUAGUCAUGGCAGGUCUACGCAGUAUGAAUGGGGUCCUUGAGUUCAUAGACACUACUGAUAUGACAGUUAUGGCCCAGACUGAGCACUUCAUGGCCACAGAUGUGGAGUGGGACCCCACAGGACGUUACGUCUCAUCUGCCGUCAGCUGGUGGGGCCACAAGGUGGACAAUGCCUACUGGAUUUGGAGCUUCCAGGGCAAGCUGCUCCAGAAACACCCCAUGGACCGCUUCUGCCAGUUGCUAUGGAGACCUAAGCCUGCUUCUCUUCUUACAACAGAUAUGAUCAAGGAAAUCAAGCGCAACAUGAAGAAGUACAGUGCUCAGUUUGAAUUGAAAGAUCGUAUGAGUCAGUCGAAGGCUUCCAAGGAGCUCAUAGAGAAGCGCAGAGAGUUGAUAGCCUCUUUUGAAGCUUACCGUAGCAAAUGUGAGCAGAUGUUUGCAGAGACCUUGGAUUGGAGAAUGGAUGCUCGAGCUGGGAUGGGAGAGGAUGAGGAUGAAGACGACCUUGCAGACGAAACCAUCGAAUUUCUCGUCAAAGUUGAAGAAACAGUCAUUGACGAGUAGUCCGAUCACAACUUGGCGAUAUAGACCACAAUCUUUGGGACUGUGGCAAUUCAACAAGGCGAAUUUAGAAGAGGCGUCGAUCUUGAAGAGAUCACUGGGAUUUGGAUUGCAAUCCAAUUCCCUAGAAACCAUCUUGAAAACUUUUGACGUUUGGAAAACCAUACAUAGGCUUCGGCCUAAGAAACUGACUUUGUAUAUCUUUCUUGUUGUUAUAUAAUUGUAUACUGGUUGUGGUGUAUUGUCAUUUUAUUAUUAUUUCUUAUCAACAGUAACAUUUAAGCUGAUUAACUCAUCAUAAUAAUCGAAUCAGUGAUAUUCAUAAACUGUAUAAACAUUGUUUCCUGAAAUGGAAACUGAAAGUCAAAUCCAAUAUUUAACUGCUUACCAUAAUGGUAUUAUGACUCCACCGCGCAAGAGUUUAAACCUUGCAAGCCUUUAUGGAUCUUCAUACACAGGUCAGUUCCCUAUACCAUAUCGGUUACCUCCUUUAAUACUUAUUAAUAUUGUUAAUGUAUAUGCUAUUCUUUGUGUUUUAAUGCUUUCUUAUACUCAAAAUAAAAUAAUGAGAAAAUUGCCAAAGUUGAAUGAAUUCAAAAUUAUUAAUUAUGAUAUAACGAAGUUUAUAGUGAUAUUUUGUAUAAUUUUAGAGCAUAGAUUUAGGAAUAAAUUGAAUCUUAUCAGACAAAUCUGGUGUUACUGUAUUGAAUAUGGUGAAACUUUAUAUGAAAUAAUUUAAUUUAAUUAUGACAUCAUUCUCACAUUUUCAAGGGAGAA